AUGGCCGAAGGCAAUGUUCAAAUACCGAAACUAACAGAAGGUUACCUAGGAGCUCAGGCCAAAUUCGAAGCUUAUGGUCUGACUUUAGUCUCACACAGUGAUCCUGUGAUUUACAUGCAAGAAGAUCAACGCGAAGUGGAAAUCAUUCUUGGAAUCCAAGCUGGCACAAGAGUUACUGUCAAACUCAUUUCUUAUGAGCGCAAGAAGGAGUGUAACGAGUACUGCUUAAUUCGAGCUCUAGGGCUGAACUAUUUGUUCCUCAUUAGGCCACCGCUUGCAGGUUUCUACAAGUUUCAGAUUUAUGCUCUGCCGAGAGACGAGGCAGGACCUCAAUUGCUGGGUGUCUACAACUAUUUAAUAUAUUGCCCUGGAAAUUUUGGCGACAAUCCUUUUCCUAAGCAGUAUCCACUCUGGAAGGAUGGGUGUUAUCUAGAAGAACCAAUAGAUUUGCCACGGGGUAUCAGAGAUCCUUCGGUAAAGUUUAAGGUCUUCAUCCCAAAAGCCAGAGACGUGCAGGUGAAGGUGGGCGAGGUGUGGAAUCCUCUCCAACAGACCGAGCCUGGAUGGUUUGAAGGAUUUGUAGACUUCAGUACAGAUUAUUCCCCAGGAUCAGCAGCGAAAGUGAACGUCAAAUUUGCUGGAAACAAUUACAGUACACUUCUAGAAUACCCUUUGUAA